AUGGAAUACUUGUUUGGUAUUGUUAUAACAUUAAUAAUAAUUGUGAGUAGUGCAUCUUGUGAUCCAAAAACUCAACCACCAGUAAGUAGUAAUUAUCAUCAUAUGCAGAUGAUAAUGCAAUGGCCUCCAACCUUUUGUGGGAGGCCAAAUAAACCUUGCAAGCGCUCCGUAAUAAUGUUGGAAUUCCCUAUACAUGGCCUUUGGCCAGGGAAUGCUACAGGUCACACUCCUUUUACGUGUAAGGUUCCUCCAAAUCCAACUACGGUCAAAAAAGUGUGGUUAAAUGACAGGAGCCUAAAGACUUCAUUGGGGUUCUAUUGGCCUUCUUUGGUGUCUACAGACGAAAAGUUAUGGAUACAUGAGUGGGAGAAGCAUGGGUAUUGCACAUCACAAAUCGUCCCAGAUGUUGAAUAUUUUAAUGGGGCAAUAGUAUUUGCGAGACAAGUGAAAAAUAUGCUUAGUGAGUUAAGAAGUGUUCAAAUAAUUCCGGAUAAUAAAAUUACUUACACCGCAGCGAAUAUGAAGAAAUUUAUCUCUGAAGAAGUGUUAAAGGAUAAAAAUAUUCAUGUUUACAUCUCAUGUGAGAAGCGGGGUCAUCACUUCUAUUUAAAACAAAUUCACAUCUGCUUAGACAAAUUGCUCAAAACAAUAAUAUCUUGCCCAAAAAGUUUUCUCACAAGAGGCUGUGGUACAGGAAACGAUAUCCUAUUUCCAAAAAGCUAG